AUGACUGAGUGCUUUCCUGAUGUCCCAAAAGAUGCCAUAUUCGAUGCUGUUGAAGAAGCUGAUGGUGAUUUCAACAAGGCUUUUGACAUUAUAAUGACCACUUAUUCUGGCGAUGCUCAACAGAGCGAUGAAACAAGUGACGAACCUGAUGUUGAAGACCCAAGUUUUAAAAUCUCCUCCUUAGCUGAAGCUUUUCCUCAUAUUGACGUGGAAAUCAUUUCUAAAACUUUACUAGACUGUGAUAAUGAUUCUGAAAAAGCUAUUGAAUCUUUAUUAAACCAUGAUAUAAUUGUGGAAUUUGAACAAAAAUUAGAAUUGGAGGAGAUUAAUAAGAAUCAAAAUUCAAAUAGAACUUGGGUUCAAGUUAAUGAACGUAUUUAUCACAUUUCUGAAUUACUUCAUGUGGAAUUAAAUGUUGCUAAAAGUUAUUAUCAUAAAAAUGGGGGAAACAUUGUACAAGCUUUAGUUGAUAUCAUUUAUAACUUGAGAAAUGAAGAGAAAAGGGCUAAAGAGCAAUUAAAACCUAAAACAACAAAUAAUAUUCCAUAUGGUGGUAGAGUUCAAAAUCAUUCAACAUCAUCUAAACCAGUUUAUAAAGGACGUCGUAAGAGAAGAAACUCUGAAGCCAAUCAAGAAUAUGUUUACAAUGAGAAUAGUCCUGAAGUGUCAGAAUUAGCUUCACUUAUAUAUGAUGAUCCUCAUCUGGUUAAUAUCAAUUGGGAAUUUAAUCAAGAAGCUUUAGUUUUCUUCAAAGGAAACGUUACAAAUGUUAUUGCCUUGGAUUUAUUUAUUGUGGAACAUAAUGGUGUAAAAGAAACUUAUCAAAAUGAAUCCAAAACUAUAUCCAUUAAUAACAAUAAUAAUAAUAGAAUAACCACUCCAAUUAAACCACCAAGUUUUAAAUUCACUCAAGUUUUGCCAAAACCAACCUCUACAGUCUUGAGAUCACCAAGUAUUGAAGAUGAUUUAACUUCUCAACAAAUUGCAUUACAAAGGGUCCAAUUAAGAAAAUGUAGAGAAAUUAAUAAAUUAGAUUUACAUGGAUUCCAUGUUAAAAAUGCAAGAGAUACAACUGCAAAAGCACUAAGAGAUUGGUGGCAAGAUGAAUUAAAAGCUAGAGAAGCAAGUGGUCGUGCCGCAUAUAGUGCAAAAGCUAGAGAAGUUGAACCUUUUAUUGUGGUUACUGGGAAAGGUUUACAUAGUGAAGGUGGUGUUUCCAAGGUUAGAGCAUCUAUAAAGAAAUGGAUGAAAAAUAGUGAAUUUUACGCAUUGGAGGAAGAGGCUAGAUUUGUUGUUAUUGGAUUGAAAUCUUAA